GUCUAUCACGUCACCUUGAGCUACCUUGUCGUGGCCUAACACAGAAAGUCCCAUUAAAACACGUCGAUGCAAAGCACUGCUCCUCACUAUCAGUUGACCAAUGGGGAGAGUGCAUGGGGAAGCUUAAUGUCACUAUUUUACACAGAUCCCUUAUUUGUACGCAGAAUGGUUAAAUCAGUUAUAAUGCGAAGUUUGUCGAAUGCAGUUGCUCUGCUGUUGGCCAUCAUCAAUGCCGCUGUUUCAAACUGGAUCCACAGAAAUGUGUCACAGAACCAGGAACGGGCCUGGAUGAGAUCUUCUGGAAGUCUCGGGCGAUGUUUCCUCCCAGCUGACAGCGGGAAUUCAUCGCCCAUGGUCAAUAUUCUGAAGCUUUUCCUCCAAAAGAUGAGUUUCUAUUAGUGCAAGAGUGCUGCCAUGGACACGGCUCCACAGCCCGCGAGAGCCGGGGCUGCCGCAGGCGGCACAAUGCAUUAGCGCACGAUGAGCUGUCAGAGAGGAUUAUUUCAGCCACCACAGUCAGUGAAAGGGGGUGGGUGCUGCUCUGCUGCACUGAAGCAAGGAGAAAGAGUGGGUGGGAGACAGAUAAAGGAAAAGGAAUCACACAGAUAGAGGAAAGAGCGGAAAGAGUAACAAAAAAAAAACUAAAAAGUCUCCAUUGCACCAGUUGGAUUUUCUUCUCCAGAGCACCGAUGUUGGAGCACUCCUCUGAGCUGGCCCUGGUGCAGAGUCUGUAUGCCAACAGCAUGCGCUGCCCCCCCUCUGCGGCCGGGAUCUCUGUCAGGACCGAGGACCUGUCUAUGAGCAACGGGAGCAAGAUGAACGGGUCACUGGAGCACAUGGACCAGCCGGACCCAGACGCAAUCAAGAUGUUUGUGGGACAGGUUCCCCGGUCCUGGACAGAAACAGAACUAAAAGAACUUUUUGAGCCCUUUGGACCCGUGUACCAGAUCAACAUCCUCCGUGACCGAACUCAGAAUCCUCCCCAGAGUAAAGGAUGCUGUUUUGUAACUUUUUAUACAAGAAAAGCUGCACUGGAGGCCCAGAAUGCACUGCACAACAUAAAGACCUUAAGUGGGAUGCAUCAUCCUAUCCAGAUGAAACCUGCUGACAGCGAGAAAACAAGUGCAGUGGAAGACAGAAAACUGUUUGUGGGAAUGGUUUCGAAGAAAUACGGCGAGAACGAGGUCAGAAUGAUGUUCUCGUCCUUUGGGCAGAUCGAAGAGUGCCGAAUUCUCCGGGGACCAGAUGGUCAGAGCAGAGGCUGUGCGUUUGUCACAUUUGCUACCAGGGCAAUGGCACAGAAUGCAAUCAAAACCAUGCAUCACUCUCAAACUAUGGAGGGUUGUUCUUCACCUUUGGUUGUAAAGUUUGCUGACACCCAGAGGGAUAAGGAGCAGCGGCGCCUGCAGCAGCAACUGGUGCAGCAGAUUCAGCAGCUUAACAACGCCUCCACCUGGGGAAACCUGGCAGGGCUGGGCACCCUGACACCGCAGUAUCUAGCUCUGCUCCAGCAGGCGACGUCAACCAGUAAUCAAAGCAGCUUCAACAGCAUUCAGAGGCUAGGAGGCGUGAAUCCUCUUCAGCUGCAGAACUUGGCCACGUUGGCUGCCGCCGCAGCUGCAGCCCAGAGCUCUGCCAGCCCGACUUCAACCAGCGCUCUGUCAACCAACAGCGGGGCCCUGGGGGCUCUCGCCAGCCCAGGUUCAACAGCAGGGUCCAGUGCUGGCACUGCCAUGAACACCUUGGCCUCUCUGGGCACACUCCAGGGUCUUACUGGUACUUCUAUGGGCCUCAGCAACCUUAAUGCUCUCACUAGCAGUGUCAGUGGUAUGGGGGCCAUGAACGGAGGCCUGGGAGCCUCCAUGGCCAACGGUUCGGCUGCCAGCUCCAUGGAUGCACUGACACAGGCCUACUCAGGGAUGCAGCAGUACACGGCCUCGGCCCUCCCCUCCCUCUACAGCCAGACUCUGCUGCAGCAGAGUGUGGCUGGUAGUCAGAAGGAAGUUCCUGGUUUCUUACGAAAUGGAGUAGGGCCAGAGGGCGCCAACCUGUUCAUCUACCACCUGCCGCAAGAGUUUGGGGACCAGGAUCUUCUGCAGAUGUUCAUGCCUUUUGGAAACGUGGUCUCUGCCAAAGUCUUUAUUGACAAACAGACCAAUCUGAGCAAAUGCUUUGGGUUCGUCAGCUAUGACAAUCCCGUCUCCGCACAGGCUGCCAUUCAGGCCAUGAACGGUUUCCAGAUCGGCAUGAAGAGGCUGAAGGUUCAGCUGAAGCGCUCCAAGAACGACAGCAAACCAUACUGAUCCUUGCCUGGGGCCUCCCCCCCCUCCCCAGCUCAAUUCUAGCACUGCUAGGGUAAGUUCACCCUCCUGCCACGGUCACCACAGCAGAGACUCAGGGGGGGUCAAGGGGACAGGAGCCCACCAGAGGAGGAAGACUCACCCUUUUCCUUAAACAAAAAAAAAAAAAGGUUUCUAAGAUCUCUCCACGUUUUUUGCUGUAUUUCAUUCCUGCGGUUUUAUUAUGUACUUUGAGUCUGAACUAUUUUAAUGUAAAUGAUUAUUUAUGACUAUCACUGGAGUCAGUGUUUGCUGGAGGUAUUCUGUGUCACUGUAUUUAGUGGAGAGCAUCAGCCGUGUUUCCAUGCCACUUCAUUGCCUUCAGGUCAAGUGAGACAGGUUGACUAAGGAUCAGUUGUUGUGUUGAAGGGCUGAAGCGAGGUCACGCAGACCCUGAGCCACAGCUUCAACUUGCUUUUCUGUAGUCUGCCUCAUCUGUGUCGUCGUGAUGAAAAGAUCUAGUCUGCGCAGUCUCUUCCGUUUUCCCCCUCCUCUGUUGUCGUCCCUUUCCAUUCAUUAUCUAAGCCAUGUUAAGCUAGGCUACCUCUCUUUGCUCUAUUAACAACCUCCUCCAGUCAUUCCAUCCAUCCUCCGAGUCUCCCUCAAGGGACCGGGCUCUAGAUGGAUCUCUUUCAGUGCCAAGUAUAAAAAAGACGUGCAUGUCAGAGUCUGCCAUAAGUCCUGGUGGUGUCCCUUCUGUAAAUCUGUGUAUUCUUUUGUAUGUUGAGAGGGGGGGGGGUGGAGGGCGUGUUUACCCUGCUGUCCUUACUGUUAUGUGGUGACUUGCAUUAUUUUUUGUUGUUUGUGCCUCAUGGCUUUAAAAAAAAACAAAAACAAUUUCUUGUGCUGUGCCCCUAACUUUCUCUUCUCUCCUCUUUGUCCUGUCUCUCCUCUCUCUCUCUCUCCUCUCUCUUCGUGUUUUUGUUCCUUUUUUAGAACAAAUCUCCAUGCCUGUUUGCUCAUCAUUAGCCUAGCAUGUCUUCAUGGUGUUGAAAGCCAAGCCAAACCCCCCUCCCCUCCCUCCCUGGCCUCAUCAUCCCACCAUUGUCUGUGAUGUCUCUCUAAGCUCGCCUGACCAAUACCCGGCCACCCACUGACCCUGACCUUAGCUCAACCUGAUUUUUCUGCAUGUAUGAUCAUGUAUUUUUUUUUUUUUUUUUUUUUUGCUUUUUCUAUAUGAAAAUGUGACGGGCAGGAGAGAGGUCAAGCAUAUUAAUGUGAAAAACUUAGCUGCAAUUAUUUCAUUGAAGAAAUGUUUUUUUUUUUUUCUUCUGUUAAUAUUUUUUUUAAAAACCUGUGGGAUUUCUGAUUUUUAACUUAGCUAUGUUUUGUUUUAUGGUUUUCUUUUUACCUCUCUCAGUAAAAGUUCACUUGAAAGUUGAAUACAGGGAUUGGCACACGUCUGUGCUAUUUGGUGCCAUUAGCAAUAUUUUGGCUUCUUUAAAAAAAAAGAAAAAAAAAACAGAUCCUACAGACCACUUCUCCAACACUUUUCAAAGUCUGACUAGUAAAAAAAAAUAAAAAAUCGCUCUGGGCGAUCUGUUUCGAUCUCUACAUUACGUGGGCAGUGUGACGAUUUACAUCUAGGCUAUUUGAAAUAUAUUUUCUUUUUCAUUUCCAAAUACGAUCGAGUGUAUUUACCUUUUUAUUAAACUAUCAAUGGCACAACAAAAGGUACAUUUGCUCUGCUGAGAGAAAUGACUACCUACAUGAGUCAACUUUUUUAGAACUGAUUCACAAAUAGACAAUCUGUGGUUUAAAUGCACACUUAGAUUACCUAUAUUUUAUACCAUUGAAUCUAUAGAGGUUUAACUAACAGAACCCAGGCACAACUUUGGGUUUCUUUUCUAGAUUUCUGUUGUAAUGUCAUCUAUGUUGUUGGGAGGGGGAGGGGGGCUGUUAUGAGUUGAUUAGUCUUUUUUUUUUUCCUUCUUUAAAAAAAGGACUAAAAAAAUAAGUUUGGUGACCAUUUUAGGGUCAUUUGUAGUAAAAUUAGUAAAAAUUGGUUUAAUUAAAAAUGAAUGAGUUAAACAUUUUAAGGGUCAGAUUUUGAGGCUCAUUUUUUUUUCUCCUGUUAUAUAAAGUUUUCAACUUCAAUGGUACGUCUUGUUGACUCUGUGAAUUGUUUUUUUUUUUUUUAAUUACUAACUUAAUCGAUGGAUGUUUCACUUUGGUUUAGUUUGGAUUGCCUCAUGUUGAAAAAUUAUUUCCAAUGUCUGUUAAUCAUACAUGGACAAUGUUUGAUUUAUUUUUAUUCUUGUUUUUUUUUUUUUUUUUUUUUGGUUGUUGAAGUGCCCAUGUGUCAAACUCUUGUUUUUGAAUACACAACUUUUUUGGGGAUUUAUUUGCUGUAAUAUCUAGUUUUUCUUUACACACAAAUACACAACAAUUGAUGUGGUUGCAACAGUGGGAGCCCCUGAAGAGGAGAUCAUUUGGACAAAAACACAACCUGUGGGUCUCUGCACAUUUUAGACACACGUUUGCUUUUUUUUUUUUCUCCCUCUCUAACCUGAUUGCUGUUUUUAAUUUUUUUAUUUUAUUUCUCGCACGGCACAUUUGAAAAGCUCCACCACUAUAGUGUUAGGAUACGAAUACAUUCCAUUAUUCUGCACCAAGUUUACACUUUUUAUCAGGGUGAAAUUUUCUCUCGUGCUACACAUUUUUGAAACAGCCCUGCUAAAGUAACUUCUUCACCCACCCUCCACCCCUUAAAAAAAGAAAAGCAAAAAAAAAAAAAGGGUUCCUAAACAAACUGCUUACCUGGUGGCGCUAAAGAGUUGUCAACUCAGGGGUUUUUAUGUGUUUAAAACUUCAACACGCAGGAUUACAACACAAAAUGCACACUUUUCUCACCAUUUUGAACCUUUUUUUUUAAGUUGGGAUUUUAUUCUUUUUAUUAUAACCCAAAAAAAUAUAUAUAUAUUAAAAAAAAAGAAAUAUACCAAAUUUGCAACAGCGCUUGAGAAAAGUGUUCUAGUUUUGUAAGGAAAUGUUAAGCACAAUUGUGGGAGCUAAACACUUUGACAGAAUGUGGUGAAUGUGUGUGUGAUUUUGAUCCAAAAUUUUCAAGGUACCACUGAUUUCUCUUUUAAUAUGGGCAUGUGCUUUUUACAGUGUUUUUUCUAUCCAAAUGCAAUACAAUAUUCAAAGUGCCAUAUAUAAAUACAUGUCUAGAAACUGCCUAAACAUUGUUAAUAGGCCUUGGUUUAGAGGUUGCUGCAGUUCGCCUUUUUGUUUCAUUUCCGCUCUGUUGAUGCCAGUGUCAUAAAGCUCUUUACCUGCUAAUGUCCCCCCCCCCCCCCCCCCCCCUCUCCCCCCUUACUGUGUGCUGACUUAUUGGUAAAUGUGUUUUGUGAUGUACUCGAUUUGAACAGUUGGUUUUAAAAAAUAAAUAAUUGUAGAUAAACAAUAAACUUCCCUAUACAUUUGAAGGUUAAACGUCUCUCUUAGUGAGUGUCGCAACACUUCGUGAUGCCAAACCGCAUUGUGAUCAUCGUCUUUGUUUUUUUUUUUUCUUUCUUUUUUCUCCGGAGGGGGAUUGGAGUCGAAAAACGAGCUAAAGCAUAAAAGGCAAGCUGGGGUAAGGUGUUGAAAGUCAAUAAGGUUGCUGGUACUUUGCUAAGUUCAUGGUGUAGUGUGUGUGUAUAUAAUAUAAAAGAAAAACCCAAAACUAAAAAAAAAAGCACAAUGUAUAGUCAGAGCACUCCCAACAGGAACUGGACUCACUUCAGGGGCUUCCAUCACAAAUCUCCAUCUGCUCUAACAAUCACUUUGACUCUUCUUGUUUCUCGUUUUGAAGUGCUUUUCAUUUUCUAAAGUGUGGUAGCUUUGCAUCUGUGUUCGAUGUCUUGGGUCUGAGGGGGAGGGAGGAGAAAAAAAAAAAACAAGUAGAAUACGACUUUUAAUUUCUUGUCUGCUGAUCAGUAGGACUCGAUUCAUGUUUCCACCGAUAAUUUAGUGUCUCGUCUCGAGGAAAGCCAAAGUGAGUGCAUCUUGAUGUGAUCUGUGUUAGUUUAUUUCUGUUCACGCUUAUGGAAGAAGGGGUGGGAUUUGAGGAAAAAAGUAGACGUACACAGGCUGUCCCAAUUUCUACAACUGGUUGUUGAUAUGUAUUUUGUACCAGUGAAGCUUUUUUAUAUUGGAAAUUAAAGGAAAAGAGAAAAAAAUACUAUAUUGAAAAGAGAAAUACAAAUGUGUGGCCUCUGAAUGUGGCCUCGCCUCGACCAGGUCUUGAGUUUGGCCCUUUGGCGAUGUCUAGCUUUUUAUUUUUGUCCUGCUUUUUGCCUCUAAAAGAUGCCUGAAUUUGAUUUACGCUUGGAUCUCUACAUGGUCCUCUCUUGGUUAAUCAGUUUCGGGGGAGGGUUGGGAUCCUCUAAAUCGUGGUAAGUUUCAUGCUAGUGAUUGUGCUUUCCAUAUAAUUUAAUGGUAAGGAUUUUUGACAACUUGUGUGAAUAAUUGUCUUAGUUAAAAAUUUAGGUGUUUAGUUUAAAGCUUUGCUUUUUACUCGUGUACUUUUUUUUUUUUUUUUUUCCCACCAUAGCGGAGUGUGUAGGUGAAAGACUUUAUUUUUUUCCCCUCUCGUUUUGUUUUUGAUCAGUGUUCGUUUGUGUGGUGCGUUUCUUUGCCUCUGUCUCGAAAUUAAACCAUUUCCCCUAAUAUGGA